AUGCCUACAAUCGCUGCUCAAAAUAGUCGUACUACUACUACCACUACUGGUAAUAGUAUGGCAAAAUUAAAUGUGAAAUCUGAAAAAAUGCAAGGUUCCUCGUAUAAGAUACCUACUUUGGAAUCCUUACAAUCAGAUGGUCCCAUCGAAUGUGCAUUGAGUAACUUUCAAUUGCUCAAUUCGCCAUUAUUCAACAAAGGUACCGCAUUCACUGAAUCUGAAAGAGAUCAAUUCAAUUUACACGGUCUCUUACCACCACAAGUUGAUUCCUUAGAAGAACAAUUGGAACGUGCGUACAAACAGUUGUCCGGUAUUGAAAGCCCCAUUCAAAGAAAUGAUUAUAUGUCACGUUUACGUGUGACUAAUAAAGUGCUAUAUUUUGCUCUUGUUAAAAGGCAUAUUAAUGAAUUGGUACCAAUUAUUUACACACCAACAGAAGGUGAUGCCAUUGCAGGUUACUCGGAAAGAUUAAGAAAAGUGGAAGGUGUAUUUUUAGAUAUCACGAGGCCUGACACCAUCGAUCAAAGACUUACCGCAUUCGGUGGUAAAUCAAAGGAUAUUGACUACAUUGUCGUUUCCGAUUCUGAAGGUAUCCUUGGUAUUGGUGAUCAAGGUGUAGGCGGUGUAAGAAUCGCCAUCUCUAAAUUGGCGCUAAUGACUUUAUGUGGUGGUAUUCAUCCAGGUAAAGUUCUACCAGUAUGCUUAGACGUUGGUACUAAUAAUAAAAAAUUAUUGGAUGAUGAACUAUAUUUAGGAAAUAGAUUCCCAAGAGUAAGAGGUGAAAAAUAUUAUGAUUUUGUCGAUAAAUUCAUAAAAUCUGUCAAGAAAAAUUUCCCCCGUGCAGUAUUACAUUUUGAAGAUUUCGGUGUCACAACUGCAAGAACUUUAUUGGAUAAAUAUCGUUCAGAGCUUCCAUGUUUCAAUGACGAUAUUCAAGGUACAGGUGCUGUUGUUGUGGCUUCUUUACUGUCUGCGUUGAAACACACCCAUAGAUCUUUAAAUGAUUCAAAGAUCUUAAUCUACGGUGCCGGCUCAGCAGGGUUGGGUAUUGCAGUUCAAAUCGUGAACCAUAUGGUCACUAAAGGUUUAACCAUAGAACAAGCAAGAUCACAUGUUUAUUUAAUGGACAGAUAUGGUUUAAUUACCACCAAUUUGGAAGAUGUAUCAUCUCCUGCCCAAUUUGAUUUCGCCAAACCAGCAAACAAAUGGGAAAAUGUCAACACUAAAUCAUUAUUUGAUGUAGUCUCCUCGGUGCAACCAACUUGUCUAGUGGGUUGUUCCACUCAAGCAAAGGCCUUCACCAAAGAUGUUGUACAGGAAAUGCACAAGUACAAUGAAAGACCGAUUAUUUUCCCAUUAUCAAACCCUACUAGACUUCACGAAGCCGUUCCACAAGAUCUUAUGGACUGGACCAACAAUCAAGCCCUUGUAGCAACAGGUUCCCCAUUCAAUCCAGUCAACGGUUAUAUCAUCUCUCAAAAUAACAACUGCUAUUCAUUCCCAGGUAUUGGUUUAGGUGCUGUAUUAUCUAAAGCUACAACCAUCUCGGACAAGAUGAUCUCUGCUGCUGUAGAUGAAUUAGCCAAUCUUUCUGAAUUGAAAGAAGGUGAUUCUACACCAGGGUUGUUACCUGGCCUUGAACAGAUCAACGACACUUCUGCUAGAUUAGCUGCUGCUGUUGUCCUAGAAGCCAUCAAUGAAAACGUUCAUAGAUGCAGUUCCGACGUUCCAAGGGAAAAGGAGGCCUGUAUCGAAUGGGUCAAAACAAAGAUGUGGGAACCAAAAUACAGAUCAUUGAUAAGAGUUCAAUACGAUGAAUCCAUCCACACAAAUCAAAUUUAA